UUCAGUUGAGGUAAAUGUGAAGCAUUAGAUUGCAAACGUACCUAAUCCAUCUCUCCUCCCCCAUGACUAGAAAUCCUGUGGUUAAAAUAACACAGCCUCUAUUCAGAGCACAAACUUAGAGCUGCUAGCUGGAGCAGGCUUGGGAUUUAGACAACUCUCAGCAGAUGAGUCUGUUAAAGGGUCUCUUCUGCUUUUGUUUCUCAUCCUACUUCUGAUCCAUGAGAGGAAACCAGGAUCUCUCCUGUGCGCAUGAAAGAAGUCCUUCCAGUGGAGAAGAGUUAAGAAAUGAGGAUGACAGCAGCGUUGGUUGAUGGGUCCUGCUGGAAAGAGCUUUCUGAUGGCACAGCUGUGACUGACACCAGCACAAUAUGUUCAGUGUCGAGGACCUCCUGAUUUCUCACGGAUACAAGUUGUCAAAAAAUCCUCCUGUUUCAUAUGAGAACAGAUAUGAUGGAUACCGGCAUGAAAUUGCAGGGAACAGAUCUGGUCAGCGAAUGCUGAAUGGAUUUGAGGGAGAAUCAAGAGCCAGUGCUUACAGCAAGAAACCUCUGGCAAAAAGCAACUCGAGUAGCACUGAAAGCAGCCAUGGGAGCCAAGGGAGGCAAGCAGGUCCUGGUUACCACCAUGACCUUCAGGGUUUGUCCACUUUUCAUACUUCAGAAGGGGGGACUGAUGACAGGCCUCAGUUAACAUGGUCUUCCCAGCCCAAGACAGAUAAAGAUCUUGCCUACUGGAGAAGAAGAGGACAAGACUUUAGUGUGUUACUGGGCUACUCCCACAAAGGAGGCUGUGAAAUGAAAGGACCGUCCCCAGCCCAUGGGGCACACAGGCAUGCUAAAGAAAGUCAGCUCAAGGUAGGAGCAGGCCCAGAGUAUGCAAGAAGUGGUUUGCAGGAGAGCUGUAAAGCACCUGGUGACUGCAAAUGGCAAAGUUUAAGAAUAGAAAGCUGGAACCAACCAAAAAAAAUAGGAAGGCAAAUGUCAGAUGGUGACAGGGAGAAACUGCUUCAAGAUCUGUACUCAUUGACCCUGGGAGACAAUGUACUGAGUGCCCAUAACAAAGGGAAAUCACAGUCAUUGCCAAGAGUUCUUUCACCGGAAAGCCUGAGGUGUGUGGAAAUGCCCUCCCUGACGAACAGUAACAGCUCUCUCAGUGGAACUAAAACACCUUCUUAUCCCCCAAACAGACUAACUUUGGAAUCAACCAAACACCAAGAAACAGGAGGUCAUUUCCUACCGCUGGCAAAACCCAAGUAUGGAAGACCUCUGAAACCUCCAUCCUAUGAACUGCAGCGGCAAACCAGGACACCUGCAGAAACCAGUGCUUUUCAGAACCACUAUCAAAAAGAUGAACCUAUUUCCUAUUUAGCCAAAGUUAAUGAGCCAAGGCAAGAUGCUUGCAUUCAAGACUCUGGUUUGGAGCCCCCGGUCUAUGUACCUCCUCCAUCUUACAAAUCCCCACCUCACCAAAGUGUGACUCCACAUCCCCUUAAUGAAGUGCCUAACAGUGAUGCAUACGCUAACAGUGAUCAGCAGAAUACUGCAGAAAGGGCUGUCACCUGCCAACGACCAGCCACAAAUGCUUUUGAAACAGUGGGUGAACCUUGCAAAGACAACCAUCUUUCUCACGGAAAGCAAAGCCAUGCUAGGCGCCCUGCUGACUACCUGUGUUCUGUUCAGUAUAUUCCCUUUGAUGAUCCUCGAAUACGACAUAUUAAAAUUGCUCCACCAGAAGGUCUCCAGGACCACACUAAAUACACUGAAAAUGCAUGUAGUCCCAGUUCCAGUACUUUGCAAGAUAGAGAUCUUGAAGUACAGUACAACAGUGCCUUUUUGGAUGCAUCAGACUCACCUAAUUCUGUAAAGGGAGAAAGAACUUGUGACAGCUCCACCCACAGUAAUAGAUGGUUGGCACCAUCCAUCCGAGAUCAGGAAAACUGUGCCUUGUCUGACCAAAGAGACAGUUGUAGCACAACUAACCACAAUCCCCGUAACGAAGCCAGUGCAGAGUACGCAAAAGGCAAACUUUCUGUAAGAAAUUCACAUAUGGACAGCACCUGUGAGACUGUUACAAAAGUGAAAAAGUUUGAACCUGGAACUGGGAUGCAGAGCAAAAAGAGUUCAAAGAAAAAAAUGAAUGAAACUAUAUUUUGUUUGGUCUCCAUCCCAGUUAAAUCAGAAUCAAAUCUGCCAGAUACAGAUAGGAACAACAACAUAACCCAGAGCCCUGAUAAGAAUGGGUUUGAUAACAAUGGGGCUUUGCAAGAACAAAGUCUCCUAAGUAUGUCUUCAACGGACUUGGAGUUACAAGCGCUUACAGGAAACAUGACCAAUAAAAAUGAGUUACAAAAACAAGAGUUGUGGAGACCAGAAGAGUUCAAACAAAUGAAUGACCUCAGAUUUACUCAGCCUACAAAACACAGAGAGCUCAAAUACUCUGGCUCCUGGCCAGGUGAUCAGUACAAAGACCAGCAGACACAGACCAGUUUCACUGAAGAACCUAAAAGCCCACAAUUCUUCCAUGGUACAAAGCCUGGGCAACCUAGUAGUAAUAAACUGCUAACUCCAAAGCUCAUAGGAUGCACAGCAUCCACGAUAGGGUCAAAACAGACAGGGUUACCUUCUGACAAGAGAAACAGCACACAGAGCGCUUACAGCAUGAAAGGUCAGAUACACCUUAGUCAAUCUAGCAACAGUGCAUUUUCAAGGACUGCCAUCUCUGUCCUUCAGGCCCCUUUGCCAAAGGCACAUCAGAGCCAGCCUUCUGGGUGCAGCAGAAAUGUGCCUGCCCGGGAAAGGGAAACUAGCCUGGUUUCCAAGGGUGAUGUAGUUAAGGGAGAAGCAAGCGCUCUCUGCAACAGUAAAGAGCUGUUUGGCCAGUUCCUCUUGAAACCUGUAAGUCGCCGCCCCUGGGAUGCAAUAAGUGAGCUAGAAAGUUUUAACAAGGAACUGCAAGGACAGGAAGAGAGCACAAGUAGUGAAGAAGACUCAGAAGGUGCUGCAGCUUCUCCACAAGAAUGUGGCCUUACAAAGAGAAGGGCAUCCAGAAACCAGGAACCAAGACAUGGUGGGCAGGUGGAAAACAUUGUGCCAGAUGUUCCUGUGUUUAAGUCAGGAAGAGUUAAAAGUAAGUCUGAAAGUUGGAGUAUGGGGACAGAGUAUGGUGAUCAGCAGAGCUGUGUUGGAUCACAAAGCUCUUUGCAGCCAAGAGACAGCAGUGAAGUAGUCAGGCCAGCAGAUGGAAGUCUGAUAACAGAAAUGAGAAAAGAGGAAGCCAAGAGCAGAACAAACAAACAGCUAGUUAGUGCAGGCCCUCUCAAGAGAGUUUUGUCCAGUAGCCCAAGCAGUUCAUGUCACAGUAAUCCUUUCAAUAACACUGACUUAAAGGAGAUGAAUGAAUAUCAAAAUUACCUAGACUUUGUUAAACCAAACAAAGGCGCAACGCCCAGAAAUGACACAGUAUUAGAGAGAGGCACAAUAGUACGGUUGUCGUUAACAAAAAGGAACCAAGGGCACUCUGAGCCGGAUUUGAGGUCAGUGGGCCUUGAUACAGCCUCAGGACCUAGUGUUAACAAUUCUGAUCAUUCUUCAAAUGUAAAUGCAGUGGAAAUCCCUCCAAACGAGUCAUUGCAGGCAAGAGCUGCAAGGAUUUUAGGCAUAGAGAUAGCAGUGGAAUCUCUCCUUCCUGAUGAUAGAGUUGGGCUCCACUCAGGCACUAGCCCUGCUAAUGGUGCCCAGGACUUUGACUCAUCAGGAAGCAGCGCAGUAAGUGGCAAAGAAGGAAAAAAAGAUGAUUCUUACGAGGGAAGACGAAAGUGUGGCUGGACAGAGAGCGUGCUCUUUGUUGGAGAGGGAGGCCGAUCUUUAUACCCUGAUGAAUGCCCAACCACUGACCAAGAAGUCAGCGCUAAAACUGAGAUAAUCGAGCCAGCUUUUGAACAAUCUGCAGGUCCCAGCCAAGGUGAGGACCAAAACUUGUCUUGCAAGUCAGCUGUGUAUCAGCAUUCAGAGAAGAGAGUGAGAAGCACCUCAAAAGUGAUAGAGACACUCCAAGGCAAACUCACUUCUCCACCUAGCCGGACUGCCAUGGAUCGCUUAGUGCGAAUGAAGGAGGUUGACUCUGUGUCACGGAUGAGACGUCUGAGCAUUAAGAGUGCAGACUCUGGAGAGGAUGUGGAUGAAGAGAAGCUGUCAAGGGUACAAGAAGAGAGGGGAAGCAAAUCAGCAAGCUCAGGGGGUGUUUCCAAGCGUGUUAUCUCUCUGAGCGAAAACGGAUAUUUGGGCGGAAUGGGCAAGAAGACUGACAAAGAUCUUUGUUUAGACACGUAUGACCCCACCAAAGUUGAAAAGGUGUGAGAUGAACGGAGAUGAGAACAGAGAGAUUCCUGCUUUACCAAGAAUGUUUCACCAAUUUUUGCUGGGUGCUUUUUGUUUGUUUUUGUUUUUGAUGCUUGGAUAUUGCCUCCAUUUGUGGUGUUCAUGGUGUACUGAUGAUGCCUUUACCAAUGCCACUAGGAAUUAGCUAUUCAUAUAUAAGACUGUUGCAGAGACUACAGAAAAAUCUGACUUCUACAUUGGAACCAUCUGGCUUUGUAGCAUUAAGAUUUAAUGCCUACAGUUGGCAAAGGGUUUUCAUCUGAACUGUGUUUCAGUCUUCAGCGGGGAUGGUGAAAUGCAUGAAGCAAGGCUUUUGAGCUUUCUCUUUGGUGUAAAUGUAAACGUGGGAGAUUAGUGAAAUGAUUUUUAAAAGAAUGUGAAUAUAUAAGCUAAACUUCUUAGUCUCUGAAGUCUAAACUUUGUUUAACUUAAGAGAUUUUUGGCCGUAAGUAGAAAGUGCUGCUGCACUGAAUGGGGGAAAGAAUGCGAGACAAUGGUAGUGAAGAUUGAUUGUGAAAUUAUUUCUGACUUCCAGAGUUUGAAAUUACUUGGAUUAAAUACUUAUUUGCCACCUAGAGAGAAGAAAAACAACCCCCCCCCCCCAAGCUUCUAAAAGAUGAAGACUUUUGUAAUACUGUGUACAGAAUAUGUAAUUACAGUAGCUGGCAACUAGUGUUUCAGACCAAUGCAAAGUAUACCACUGGCUGUUUUGCACUCAGUAUUACCUAUUUUUGUUUUGCUGUUUAGAAAUUCUUUAUAUGACAGAAUAGUAGCUGGUUUAAAAUAGCCCAUUUUAACAAAGUAACUAUAUUUCUUGUUACAGAAUACUAUCUAUUUUUCUACGAUGUAAACAAUUGCUAACAAGUGGCAAGUAUAAAGAAGUAUUAUUAUUAUUAUUAUUAUUAUUAUUAUAUUUUAAGACUUAUCCCUCUGAGUGAAGGUGACCCAAGCAGAUUUCACUUGUGUCUCUUAAUACACACUCCAUACUGCCACAUAUUCAGUAGUGCUAUCUUAUUUUGUUGUGAAAAGAGCCAUCUAUGUAUGUAUGUUUGUACUACAGGGUUAAUUUCUGUUUUUUCCCCACUCAACCCCUGGAUCAUUCUUCCUGGAGUAACUUUCUGAAACACAGCUGAGAACUGUCUGGGCUGGUGUUCCUGCCAUAACAUUCCAGUGACUGUAAUUACCAAAAAGUGCGUAUGGAUCUUUGUCUCAGUGUCUCUGAACAGCUCAGAUAAAAUACCUGGUUUCUUUCUUUCACUUUGUUUCUU